UGAUGUGCUUCGAAUGCAAGGCAUGAGUACCCAGCAGUACUCUUCCUCUAAGCGGCCAUUGAUCCGACGGAAACACAUCUUCGACGAUCGGAUAACCCUUUAUAGGCAUUGGGGCCAUUGUCUCAAUUGAAGCAAGCUCUUUGGACAAACUCCAGUACCCUUCUGGUUCAGAUAACAAUGCACAGAUCCUUUUCGGUUCAUGAAGCAUAGCCACCAUUGCAAGCCCUACAUUGUGUCAAUAUCGCGAGGCGAAUCUAAAAUAGCUCCUUUUGACAUUGUCAACGAAUUUUCGGAGCCGCAAAGGGUGUGUACAUCGAGUCUAUCGGAGCCUUGGGUCACCUUCCUGAUUACCUAUAUCAUGAGAUACGAGACAAAUGGGAAUUCUUCAUUAAAUCAAGGUUUCGCAACUGUCGUCACUGGAAGGACAAGAACAAGUCAAAUGGUUAAGGGUGAAAGCUGUUCCACCUACCUCUCAUCCUUGAAAUCCCUUGCCCUCAAAUGGUGUCAGGGCAAGAUCGCUGUGAGGUUGCCUUUGAGGUGCGAGAAGAACAUGGGCACGAUAGACAAGUGGACACAGAAUUGUUCGUCCUUCCCUGUCUCGGACUGCCAUCGAAGAAGGGGCCAUAAAAUCCAGACAUGCACAACGAAUUUCUCCUCCACGAAUGGCUGGUAAUCUCGAAAUCUUCGAGAUGGCUGUAUUUCACGCACUCUCCACAAUGCAUCGUUUAGCCCUGUCUCUGGUCGCCAGUACCCUGCUCUUCUCGAUUGUAAUGAGGUUGGCAGGAUGUACGACACAUGUUUUCAGGACUGGGCUAUCGAAGAGUACAGGGAUCUCUUCUACAUCUGAAUCACCUCCUUGAGACCUUUGACACUGGCAGGAGAUGGGGCUCAAGCGAGGCAUUCUGACUCGACCUAAUAUGUAUAUGAGUCGAGGCCUCAAAGAUGGGUUCAUCAUGCCUCUCUUGAACAAAUCUAUUCCGCACCUUCAUCAUGGAAGUCUUCCGAGAGAUCCAAGUGCUUCUACUCGACAACUGGUUGAUCCUGCUGCUCACUUUGUUCUUCACCAAGCUUCUGUUCAACAAGUAUGGUCAGGGCCUCAACUCAAUUCCAGGGCCAUUCCUCGCCGGCUUUUCUGACUUUUGGCGUUUCCUCUGCACCACCUUCUCGACUGCGCAUGAAGUCCAUAUCGAAUUACAUCGAAAAACAAAUUCACAAUUCGUCCGCAUAGGGCCACGAACUAUUUCGAUUUCAGAUACAACAUUGAUACCAACGAUCUACGGCACUCAUUCGGCUUUCACCAAGAGCGAUUACUAUAACCUCUCCAUGAUGCCUUUGGACGGUAGAUAUACUCCAAGUCUCUUCACCGCAGUGGACGAAAGAUACCACACUUCAAUUAAAAGACCCAUCGCGACAGCCUACAGCAUGACCACGAUCAUUGAAUUUGAGCCGUUGGUGGACUCUACCAGUGCGCUAUUAAUGUCAAGGCUGGAUGGGUUUGCCGCUUCUGGCGUCUCGUUCGACUUUGGAGUGUGGCUGCAGAUGUACGCCUUUGAUGUCAUCGGCGAAAUCUUGUUCAGUCAGAAACUUGGCUUCUUAGAAUCAGGCACCGAUGUUGCCGGGAUCAUGGCAGACAUCAGGGGCAAGAUAUCAUAUGCGGCUUGUGUAGGACAAAUUCCAUUCUUGGACAAAAUUUUGACCAAGAACCCUCUGUUUCUGAAAAUAGUCCCGACCCACCCUAUUGUGACAUUCACAUUGGAGAGAAUGAGGGAGCGAGCAACAAGUAUGGCGUAUGGGGCUGGUCGAAAACGCGAUUUCUUGACAAGGUGUAUUGAGGCACAAGCCAGAUACCCGGAUAUUGUCACGGACCGGAUGAUCAUUCUCUACAAUGGCGACAAUGUCGCUGCAGGAAGCGAUACAACUGGGAUUGCGUUAAGGACUGUAGGGAGUUUCACGGCCACAAGUGCCGACAAGGCCUGCUGCUGAUCAAGAUAUUGCCAGAUUUUCUACUACCUUCUGAAAACGCCUGCAUGUCUGCGCCGAGUAGUCGAUGAAAUUGAUCACGCAGACAAGUUAGGCCAGCUGAGCAGCUUUGUCACCUGGCACGAGUCAACCAGGUUGCCCUACCUUCAGGCAUGUAUCAAGGAAGCUCUUCGUAAGUCCUUGGGCAUGUACUGUCUACCCACCGCUGACCAGGGCCUGCUUAGGCAUACACCCAGUGGUCGGUUUGAUCAUCGAAAGAUGCGUUCCAAAAGGUGGCAUCGUCCUGGGCGGUCAUUACCUGCCUGAGAAUACAGUUGUAGGGAUGAAUCCAUGGGUCACAUCGUAAGUCUCAACAUGUCGAAGAGACCUGAUGCUGAGAAGACAACUGUAGUCGAGAUGAAGGCGUCUAUGGAGCGGAUGCAGACACGUUCCGUCCAGAGAGAUGGCUAGAGGCGACACAAGAGCAGCUCAUUGCUAUGGAGCGUGCCAAUUUGACGGUAUUUCGGGGCAAAUCACGGCUGAACGCUUCCACUGACACCAUGAUAGUUCGGUUAUGGCAAACGGGCAUGCAUCGGCAAGAACAUCUCCAUGCUUGAGAUAUGCAAGGUGGUACCUCAGUUAUUGCGGCAUUACGAGGUACGGUAUUUCGAAGAUUUUGUGUCGGAUUCCAAUAGUGAUGCCUGCACCAGUUGUCCUUCGUGCGGCCAGACCAGGAGUGGACAGUUCGGGGAGGAUGGUUUGUGUGGCAAGAUGGCUUCGAAGUGUACCUUCGAAAAAGGCCUGGGGGGAUUGAGCUAGACGUGAAGGGUGAAGUCUGAAAUGAUGAGGCUAAGCAUCUCUGCGCGGCCAGACUAUGAUUACAACCAAAUGGCCAUGGAUUUUCGGAGGAUGAGAAUGAUGGCAUAGAGAUAGAGACGCUGUAGACGCUGUGGAAUAUUCGCCCGCCUCUUCAUUUAUUUCGGAGCGGGGAACAAAAAGACUCGCGCUCCACUUAGUCGCGUACUUUCUAGGGGGGAAAACGCGUCUCGCGCGUCACUCAAAGGUCUCAUUACUACUGAC